GAAACAUCUAAUGCUGUUCAUGCUUAUAUAUAUAUAAAAGGAAGAUUUCAAAUUUCGGUUGAGCGUCAAAAAAUUUCAGCGAACUUUAAUCACUAUUAUGGGGAACGUGUUGUGAUUCUGGACUGGAGAAUCAAUUGCAGUGACUUUUCAUGGAAAACCAGCGCGAGUCCAAAGCUCCGAAGCUCAAGUCCUUAGACGGCGCCGUCUCACACAACGUGCUGAAUUUGGCCGGAGGUCACCGCUACAGUCCAAUGUUCGAUCCAUACCCAUCCGACAGUUCGAGUUCUCCGUCUGCGCUGGUGACGUAUCUUGAGGCUGCCGAUCCGUCGUCCACCUUCGAGACUCCAUCGGUAUUCAUUACGCCGGUGAAGGUCGAGGAGGAUGUGAUUGUUAUGGAUGGGAUUCCGGUGCCGAAGUCCAAUAAAGGAGGCGGUGAAGGAAGAAUGAGGCUAGCGACGUCAUCCAAUUCCGUUAUUGGCGGUCUUGUUAGCGGGAGAUCGCAUUCAACUUCUUCACCGUCAACCGGUGGUGGCGGUAGAGGUAGCGGCACCGAGCAGAGCAGAUACUAUAAGAAUAGGCUGUGCCGUUUUUGGGAGAAUACUGGUGCAUGCCAAUUUGGCUCCGGAUGCCAGGUCAAUUGCUCUCACUCUCUCUUCCAUUAUUCUGAUCCGACGGUUAAUUUUCUUCUCAAGAUUUAUCUACGGUUCGCACAUGGCAGAGAGGAGCUGCGCCUUCCUCGUUCCUCGGGCAGGACCAAACUUGAGACCUUCAAAUUGAACAACAAUUUAGAGGGAUCAACCCCAUCAUCAUAUGGCACAAAAUAUCCCCCAAUUAGCCAAGUCAAAACACCACCACCACCACUGCCACCCGCAGCAGCAGAACCCUUCUCAUUUCCAUCGCCACCAACGGGAAUGGACUUCCCCACAUCACCCAGCCAAGUCAAACAACUUUCUGGAAGUACCAGUUCCAGCAGCGCAACCGCAAAUACUACUCCGCCCCCGCCCAGAUCUGAUUGGACUCCUGGGGACGACGGGAUUGAUGUCAGUUUGCCAUUGGGUUCAACAGAGAAAAAGAACCCCUCCAAACAAGAUGUGGAUGCUCACAUAGAGAAAGUGCUUUACGGGACUAAGUCAAGAAAGCGAUUGCCUGUGUUUGUGGAAAUUUGCCCUGACGAAUUCGUUGAUUAAUUUGUGGGCGAGUAUGAAUCUGUUUUUGCUAUAGAACGAAAAUAACAGAGUUACUGUAGAUGCUACUGAUUCAGACUGAAUAACAUUCUGAUAUUUUUCCACUUUUUCAGUUUGGAACAUCUGAUAGGGUUAUUAGGUAGCGCUGUAGGCUGUAGCGGAAGGGAAUUCUGUUUUUCCACCCCAGACAUAGUAGUGCUUUUGCAAGUUUUA